UAAUUAGAUGGAGGUGACGGUGUGUGUUAUAGUGCCCUCUUAUGUAAAUAUUGACUACACACCAACUGCCCAUUCUGGAAUAGUAUAUAUGUAUCAAUUUUGUGUAAUUUACAUCAAAAGUCAGCCUUGUUGUUGAAAUUGGAACCAUCUUCUUUACAGAAUGUCAUAUUAUGAUUUAGAUGAAGAAAAAAUAUCUGAACUAAAGACAGUUUUUAGCAGUUUUGAUCAAGAUAAUGAUGGAAUUAUAACUACUAAAGAACUAGGAACAGUAUUAUUACAACUUGGAAUGAACCCAUCGGAAGCUGAGUUGCAUGAUAUGAUAGAUGCAGUGGACUCAGACGGAAGUGGAAGUAUAGAUUUUCCAGAAUUUUUAUGCAUGAUGUCUAGAAAAUUUCAUGAACUUGACAAUGACGAUAUUAUUCGAGAGACCUUUAAAUUUUUUGAUAAAAAUGGAGAUGGUGUUAUAACGGCUAGAGAAUUAAGAAUGGUGAUGUCUAAUCUAGGAGAAAAAAUGACAGACGAUGAAAUAUCUGCUAUGAUUCACGAGGCCGACAAUAAUGGAGACGGUGUUAUUGAUUAUGAAGAGUUUUCCAAGGUCAUGAUGGCACAGUAAAUAUUUAAAGUCAAUUAUGAUUAGUAUUGAGUACUCAAACCUGAGUGACUGUUUCCUUUUUAUAAUGUUGAUUUCGAUACACUUGUUUAACUUUAUAUCAUGCAAACGGUUUCCAUGUAAAUUUCAUUUUCAGACAUCCUUUUGUAAAUAAAAAAAUAUUAUGUU